AUAACGAAUAACCAUGUAGGAAUAAAAACUCUAUCGAAUAAGACUUAUAAGUUUAUGACUAUAACUAAUGAAAUUGUUCAGUAAUGAUGAAAAUAUGUUGAAUUAUCGGUAGACUGUUUUUAUCCUAGACUAUCAUCAUAUUCUGUUGAAUUCCAUCGUCCUGUCUACAACUAUUAUUAUCUGUCAAAACAUAAAAAAUAAAAAGUUGUCAGAAUACAAUUCAAAAAAUUGAAAUAAAUAUAACCUACUUGAAAUCGUUGAUAAUUUAAACAAAUACUUGUCAUAAAACUACUUAAUGAUUAGUAACACACCGACGACCAGUUCGAGUUUUAUCAAUCAAUUCGAACAACAACCUUAUUAUAUCACCGAUAACCGGUUGAGAACACAACCUCACUGUUGUUUAACAUCUCAAGUUCAUCAAAGUAAACUGACAACAAGAAAUGUUACUGAUGAAACCGGUUAUAAUCUACCUAGUCAUUUGUCAUCUUCCCAACUUCAAGAACCUACAGAACAGAAUGCCAGUUUAUUAUUUCCACAUGAUAAUGACUCAAUGAACACCAAUGGGCAAAAACAAAAUAUACCUUCAAACAACCAAUUGAAUAGUAAUGCAAGUCAUAUAACCAUGGAAAAAUUAUAUACAAAUUCACAAAAUGAUACUGAAAAUAAAUGUAUAACAGUGAAAUGUGAAAAAAUUGGAAAUAAAAAUGAAGAAAUACAAUCUACUAAUCCAAUUAUUGACAAACAAGGAAAUACACGUGAAACAUGGGAUUCGAAAAUUGAUUUCCUAUUGGCUGUUAUUGGUUUCGCUGUAGAUCUUGGAAAUAUUUGGCGAUUUCCAUUUAUCUGUUAUCGUAAUGGUGGAGGUGCAUUUCUCAUUCCUUAUCUAGUUAUGUAUAUUUUCGGUGGACUACCUUUAUUUUAUCUUGAAUUGGCAUUAGGACAAUAUCAACGCAGUGGAUGUUUAACGGUGUGGAGAAGAAUAUGUCCUUUGUUUAGCGGCAUAGGAUUUGGAAUUUGUAUAAUCGCAAGUUAUACAGCAUGGUAUUAUAAUACAAUUAUAGCAUGGGCAUUAUUCUAUAUGAUUGAUGCUAUGAAACCACAUAUACCAUGGGAUGGAUGCAAUAAUUGGUGGAAUACAAAUUCUUGUGUCACCGUUUAUGAACGGUUGAUCAAUCAUUCUGUACUGAAUGCUUCACAUAAAUACGAGCUUAACGAAUUGGUCAAUUUGUCAAUAGCUAAUCUCAAAAUUAAUGGAAGUGGUGAAGUGUUUUCUUCAACAGAAGAAUAUUUCUAUCGUCGAGUUUUGCAAAUUCAAUAUGCAGAAGGAUACAAUAAUGUUGGUCCAAUACGUUGGGAGAUUAGUCUCUGUCUAAUGGUGGUGUUCACAAUAGUAUAUUUUUCACUUUGGAAAGGAGUUAAAAGUAGCGGCAAAGCUGUAUGGAUAACUGCUACUAUGCCUUAUGUUAUUUUGUCUAUCCUUUUAAUUCGUGGUUUAACAUUGGAAGGUUCAUUAACUGGCAUUAAAUACUAUCUUACACCGAAUUUUUCAAGUCUGUUAAGUAUUUCUGUUUGGAGUGAUGCUGCCUCUCAAAUAUUCUUUUCACUUGGACCAGGUUUCGGUGUAUUGUUGGCUUUAUCCAGUUAUAAUAAAUUUCACAAUAACUGUUAUAGAGAUGCAAUGAUAACCAGCUUUAUCAAUUGCGCAACGAGUUUUGUGUCUGGUUUUGUGGUCUUCUCUGUCUUGGGAUAUAUGUGUUUUCGAAUGGGGAAAACUAUGGAAGACGUAGCAAAUGAAGGACCUGGUUUAGUAUUUAUUGCUUAUCCGGAAGCUAUUGCAACACUAGCUGGUUCAACAUUUUGGGCAAUUAUAUUUAUGUUAAUGUUGAUAACAUUGGGUCUUGAUAGUACAUUCGGUGGUGUCGAAGCAAUUAUAACAGCAAUCAUGGACAGUGUUCCUGCUUUGUCUGGUAGACGUGAGCUAUUUGUUCUCGGAGUGAUUAUUUAUUGUUUUAUUGGCGCUUUAGCAUCUACUACUUGUGGAGGAUAUCUUGUGUUAACUAUGCUUGAUCGUCAUGGCGCUCCAAUCUCAAUUCUAUUCAUUGUGUUUUGUGAGUGCGUGGCAUUGUGUUGGUUCUAUGGUACCAAACGAUUUUGUCAAGACGUACAAAUGAUGCUAGGAUUUAAACCGGGUAUAUUUUGGCAAAUCUGUUGGACCUAUAUAAGUCCGAUAUUUUUGCUGGGGAUUUUUAUAGCUAAUAUAGUUUCGUAUGAAACACAACCUGUGUCUGUAUUAGGCGUUGUUUAUGAACCGACAACUUGGGUUAUUGCACUGUCAUGGGCUAUAGUAUUCUCAUCUCCAAUAUUCAUUCCAAUUCUAAUGAUAUAUCAGUUACUAAAGGCCAAAGGAUCUUUUCUUGAAAGAUUACGUCAUCUUACAACACCUGAAGAUCGACCAGCUUAUUGGGAUCAACAAAUUACAUUGAAUGCCAGUGGUGAAUAUGUACCAAAGAAAACAUCUAAAACCAAUAUAUAAUACAGAAAUCUUCUAUAAAAUCUAGAAUGCAAUAUUUACACAAUUAUAAUAUUCACUUGAAUCUUCUCAUUGUUAAUUUCAUAUAUUAUAAAUAAACAUUCCCGCUUUCAAGAUUUAUAAUCUCAAAGAUCUUCAAAAAGGUGUCAUACUUGUAUGCACCAACUCACUUUCCUUUCUAAUGGAACUUUAAAUCAAGUAUAGAUUUAUCGUGAAAGUGUCUCUCAUUACUUAUCUUCUCUCUGCUCUAGUUCAUACCACUUGAUACUUUGAAUUCCAGAUAAUAAGUAACUGUUUAUAACUUAAUAAGAGUUCGACAAUCGACAAGAAUUUAAGCUUUAUUUUAUCAGUGGCUUCUUUAAAUAUCUAUUUCUUAACCUCAACGAUAGAUAUACGUCUGAAAAAAAAACUCAAAUUCAUUUAUCUUUGCAUAUCUCUUACUUUUAACACUUACAUCUUCCAUUUUGCGAAAAUGAAAAGAAUGAAAACUAGGAUUUCCAUCAACAACAAUGAAGAUCAACUCUGUUAUGAAUGACAUUUAUGAAAGAGAAAAUGUUUAAAAAUUCAAGUUAUCAUUUUCAUGUCAUGUAUGUUGCGCUUAUUUAAGUAUUCAUUCAUUCUUUAUACAAUAAUUUCUAAUUAUGAAUUCAACAAUCUUCGAUUUAUAUUCCACUGUACCAUUACAAUUUAUAUAAUGCAUAUUUAUAGAGAUAUGUUGUUAACUAUAUGUUCUAAAUAAAUUUACACCAACACAUAA